AACUUCACAUGCAAAGCGUUUGGCUUGUGUCUGCUUACAUGCUUAUUAACAGACACACUUAAUCACUGGAUCGCAAGGAUGCAGGAAAGAAGCGGAAUCUUGAGAGAGGGCUUUCUUGUUAAAAAGGGGCAUGUUGUCCACAACUGGAAGACAAGGUGGUUUGUUCUUCUCCAAGACAGGCUGCUCUAUUAUAAACUUGUGGGAGGAAAGAAGGAGACUUCUCCAAAAGGCACAAUUCUUCUGGACUGCUGUACAAUCACCUGCCCAUGUUUGGAGUACGAGAACAGGCCGCUGGUUAUUAAACUAAAUACAAAAAACAAUACAGAAUAUUUCCUCGAUUCAUGCUCCAGAGAAGAGCGCGAAGCUUGGGCACUGGAUAUCACCGGUGCUAUUCAUGCAGGCAAUCCAGUGCAAGUUCAGCAGCUUCACCUUAUGAAAAAUUCCUUCAAACUGCCUUCAAAUAUCAGCCUCAAUCAUAUUGUAGAUAAAAUGCAUGACAACAGCAGCGGAGUUAAGCUGACACCUAACACUGAACAAGGCAACAUGUAUAAAGAAACUUUUACAGGUGCUGCACUGGUGGACUGGCUGAUUUCCAACCACUUUUCUGCCUCCCGGCUAGAGGCGGUCACGCUGGCCUCUGUGCUGAUGGAAGAAAAUUUCACCAAGCCUGUGGGGGCCCGGAGUGCUGAGGCCAUGAGGAAUGGCGAUCUGGCAGAGCAGUUUUUAGAUGACUCCACUGCACUCUAUACAUUUGCAGAAAGCUACAAGAAGAAAGUUAGCUCCAAGGAAGAGCUUCAUCUUAACAUUCUUGAACUGAGUGGCGCAAUUGUAAAACAAGGCUUUUUAAUAAAACAGGGGCACAAGAGGAAAAAUUGGAAGGUGCGGCGUUUUGUUCUGAGAGUUGACCCUGCUUUCCUGCACUACUAUGAUCCCACUAAGGAAGACAACAGGCCAGUUGGUGGUUUUUCUCUCCGUGGCUGCCUUGUCUCAGCACUAGAGGACAAUGGUGUCCCAACAGGAGUGAAAGGAAACGUGCAGGGUAACCUCUUCAAAAUCAUCACUAAAAAUGAUAUUCACUACUACAUACAGGCCAGUUCGAAGGCAGAAAGAGCACACUGGAUUGAGGCCAUCAAACAGCUAACAUAAGAACCAUGCAAAAGUGUAUAUGGACAAGGGCAGGAUCCAACCUAGCUGACUGCUGU